AUUAAAUUUACUCUUUUUUUUUUCAAUAUAUCUGUCUAAUUUAGGGGACAAAAGGGGUGUUGGUUAGGGUUAACAGACUCCUAAUGCAAAACUUUAUAAAUAAAUAAGAAAUAAAAAUAGAAGAAAAAGAAAAAGAAAAGUAUUUUUUUUUUUUUUAAGAAAAAAAGAAGUUACUGUGAUAAACUUGAAACCCAUUUCAUUGUGUCAUUGUCUCUCAAAAGAAAAAAAAAAUGCUCUCAUUUAUAGGUUAAUAAUGACAACAAUAAUAUUGCAUUAUUAAUCCAAGAUUCUGAUAUUCAAGAUUAAUACAAAUAGGAGAGGAAAAAAAAGCGUGAAAUAAAUAUAAAUAAAUAAUUAAAAAUGGGAGCAUACAGAGCGGAUGAUGAUUAUGACUAUUUGUUCAAGGUGGUAUUGAUUGGAGAUUCAGGUGUUGGCAAAUCUAAUCUCUUAUCUCGUUUUACCAGAAAUGAAUUCAGCCUUGAAUCCAAAUCCACAAUCGGAGUUGAAUUCGCUACCCGCAGUAUACACGUUGAUGAUAAGGUUGUCAAGGCCCAGAUUUGGGAUACUGCUGGCCAAGAAAGGUAUCGUGCCAUCACAAGUGCAUACUAUCGAGGUGCCGUUGGAGCUUUACUUGUAUAUGAUGUCACUCGCCAUGUUACAUUUGAGAAUGUAGAGAGAUGGCUAAAGGAGCUCCGGGAUCACACGGAUGCCAACAUUGUGAUCAUGCUGGUAGGAAACAAGGCCGACCUGCGUCAUCUGCGAGCUGUUACCAUAGAAGACGCCACAGCAUUUGCCCAGCGUCAGAAUACCUUUUUCAUGGAGACAUCUGCUCUCGAGUCCAUGAAUGUGGAGAAUGCAUUCACAGAGGUGCUGACCCAGAUAUACCGAGUUGUAAGCAGGAAGGCUCUUGACAUUGGAGAUGACCCAGCAGCUUUGCCCAGAGGGCAGACAAUCAAUGUUGGAUCAAGAGAUGACGUCUCAGCUGUUAAAAAGGCUGGAUGCUGCUCAUCUUAAGUAUUGCCUCCGACUCCCCAAAAAAACAUAUCAUCUUUGAGGAUGUUGUGGAGCUUAAUUAUGAAGAGAGGUCUAAAGCCUAUCAUACUCUGAGAUUCUUUGCCCUGUUCAUACCAUACAAGUCUGCCUGACACCAUGAAAAUGCCAUCUCACAAGAUUUAUUAGCCGUCUAAACUUUGUGCUCUAAAACUGAAGAGAGCCUGUCAGGUAAAAGAUGUAGGAUCUGAUAAAACGAAAAAGUGCAGUUUUAUUUUCUUUCUGUGUCAUUAAUGUUGUGAACUACUUGCUUUCCCAUUUGUCCUCUUUAAUAACUCAUUUGCUGCAGUUUUAUGUACAGUUGGGUUGUUUGGGUUCAAUUACAUGUAAUAUAGCUUUCUCAAUCACUGAGCAAUAUUGUGUUUGGACUGAACAAUGUACUGCGAUCUUGCUAUUUUUCUAUUACGUUCCAUAUGUGCUCCAAAAUUCCAGAUAGGCUGCAAUAACAUAAAAGUGAAUACAUGCUUUUCUUACUUCAUAUAUCAUCAUCCAAACAUUUGCCAUCUCCUGUUACUCUGCUUUCAUCAGGCACCUUAUUCUUUCCAUAAUCAGUACAUUCAUGCUAGGGUUUUGGUUAUACUGGUUUGUCGUACUUCUUGUAUGAGGUUGGGGAAACAUUACAGAUCUGUCUCGCACACAGGUACUGGUACUGGCUAACCUUAACUAGA